UGCUCAUCAGAGACGAUCGCGAGCUUCGCUCUGUAACGGCUGGACUUCUGUACGCGAUUCCUGCUCUGAGUGACCUGCACAGACUUUUGGAAGGAGAUGAUAGAGUCUGUUCCGCAAAGUGCUGUCAUGCCGUCAUAUUCCGAGACGCACUUUUCUUGGAUGGAUUUGUUCUGCAGCGAUAUCUACCCAGCCUACAGAGAUCCACCAGGUGUCCCUCCUCUGUGGUCCUCGCUGCCCCCCGAGCACUGGACCCGGCACCAUGUCUGCGACUGGCUUCAGUAUUGCUGUGACAGCUACAAGCUGGAUGCCACCUGCAUCCCGUUCUCCUACUUCAACGUGUCCGGCCUGCAGCUCUGCAGCAUGACCAAGGAGGACUUCACCGAGGCGGCAGGCGUCUGCGGACAGUACUUAUACAGCCUUCUACACGACAUUCGAACAAACGGACUUUCCUUACUUAAUAAUGCGGAGAACGCAAAGCCGCUCCAAGAAGAAAAUGAAGAAAAAUUUACUCUGAAAACCGAAGCGGUAAAGAAAGACAAACCUCCUGCGCAGAGCCGGCCCAGAAUACACAGUUCGCACCUGUGGGAAUUCUUGAGGGAUAUCCUCCUCUCGCCGGAGGAUAAUAACGGCAUUUUGGACUGGGAGGAUAAGGAGCAGGGCAUAUUCCGUGUGGUGAAGUCUGAAGCCCUGGCUCGGAUGUGGGGCCAGAGGAAACGUAACGACCGGAUGAAUUACGAAAAGCUCAGCAGAGCCUUGCGGCAUUAUUACAAGACGGGGAUCCUGGAGCGGGUGGACAGACGCCUGGUGUACAAAUUUGGGAAGAAUGCUUACGGAUGGCAUUGACCGCUCUCCAAGGAUUUGCUCCCAAGGGAGUCUCGGCUGAAGCUCAACGUGUCGCGAUUUAACAAAGACUGUUGGGGCUGAGAUCUCCCGGUAUUGUUACGUUGCCCCGGAGACGUGACACGCCGGGAACGUGUCUCUGAUGUCAUCUCAGGGGUCGAACCCGAGGAACUGUUGGUGGGAUUCGGGAAACGAGUAGGUAGAAAAUAGAGGAAUAGAUUAAGGAGGUGGUGAGAGCGCUACAUGCCCACCAUCCCCCAGCCCAAAGCCAAUUUUCCAUAGCUCCUGGCAAAUCUCUGGGAAAAACAUAAAAAAAAUCCAAUUUUUUCUAAUUUACUAGAAAAUUCUGGUUUAAUUCUGGAAAUAAAUGCACUUUGAUGUCCAAAUUUUUAACUUUAAUUUGUAAUUAUGUUUUAAUCUCUGGGGUGUAGGGUUGCUAUCUGGAAUGACAUUUUUGUAGAUUUUUUUUUGCUUUGGUAAAUGAGACAACUUUUAGUUGAAAGAUUCCAAUUUUAGUUUUGUAAAUCACCCAAAAAAAAUUCCCAAAACCUGCUCUUUUCACUUUACGAAAAAUACAAUACGGGAAUCGUUUAUAACAAUGCAUAAUUAUACAUAAUAACUGGAAAAGAAAAUGCAUUAUGUAAACCUUGGAAUAUGCUUAUGAAAAUCUGCUUUUUCCUACUUUUUUUUGCUUAAAAGAAAAGGUAAAAACUGUACAAAUUUGUAAAAAAUGUGAAUAGAGAAUAUGUAUUUUUGGAUAAAAUAUUUGUAUUACGGCCAUAAAAAAUAAACAUUUUUUGAACAACUGAGCAACAACUGGCUGUGAAACUGUGCGCAAAAAUCCUGGAUAGAGUAACAAAAUAUCAGUAUUAUUCA